GCGAGGCCCUGUGUGCGGGAAGCCGGAGUCCGGUUGGCUGAGGGAAGGAGCCCAGGCCCGGCAGCCAGGCGUGCAGGGGCUUCUAAAACAGGGCGUGGAGGUCUGGGUCUGAGGCAGGAUUCCGUGAGGUCACAGCGCAGGCCCUUGGGUCGCUUCGCCCACUCCUGCCCACACCGGGGGCUGCUGCCAGACACAAGUCAUCAUGCCUGUGGGCAGGAGGAAUGAGCUCCGGAAAUUGGAGGAGGCUCCUCAGGACCCUAGAGAGGCCCAGCGCCUGGCGGAUGCGGAGCUGUAUGAGGCUUCGGGGUUCGAGGAGGCCCUGUCUCUCUCGUCCUCCCCCUCCUCCACCUCCUCCUCCCCCUCCUCCUCCUCCAGUUUCUCCUCCUUCUUCUCCUCUUGUUCCUCCCACUUAUCCGUCUCUUCCUCCUCCUCUUCCUCCUCUUACUUUGUCCUGUUCCCUAAUACCCCGGAGGAGGAGUCCGCUGCUGGAGGCUCGAGUCCUCCCCAGAGCCCUCAGGGGGCCUUCCCCGCCCCCAGUGCCAUGGAGGCCUCUCCCUGGAGCCUGUCUGAAGAUAGCUCCAGCUCCGCGAUGGAGGAGGGGUCUGGCACUGGGGGGGAGCCAGGGGUGGCCGAGCCCGUGCUCCACGCUGCACUCCACGUGAGGGCGGUCAGCCUGGUGGGGUUCCUGCUCCAAAAGUUUCGCACCAAGCAGCCGACCAGCCAGGCGGAGAUGCUGGCGAUCGUCGGCGAGGAUGAGCAGGACGCCUUCCCCGGGAUCCUGGGCCAGGCGUCCGAGUGCAUGCGGCUGGUGUUCGGCGUGGAGGUGAAGGAAGUGGACCCCAGCGAGCACUCCUACGUCCUGGUCACCGUCCUGGGCCUCACCUGCGAUGCGAUGCUGAGCGGUGAGCAGGGCCUGCCCAAGACCGGCCUCCUGGUGGUGCUCCUGGGGGUGAUCCUCCUGGAGGGCGACCGUGCCCCCGAGGAGGUGGUGUGGGAAGCGCUGGGGGUCAUGGGGGUGUAUGCCGGCGAGGAGCACAUCAUCUUUGGGGAGCCCCGGGAGCUCCUGACCAACGUCUGGGUGCAGGAAGGGUACCUGGAGUACCAGCAGGUGCCCGGCGGUGACCCUGCCCGCUACGAGUUCCUGUGGGGUCCCAGGGCCCACAUGGAAACCAGCAGGGUGCAGGUGCUGGAGUAUUUGCUGCGGGUCUAUCCCGGGCUGCCGGUUUCCUCCCUGGCCCCCUCUGAAGAGGCUGUGAGCCACGAGGAAGAGGGGGCCUGAGCCCCAGGGGCGGCUGUGGUGCAGUCCGGGCUCUGGCGGGGUGGGCAGAUUGUCCUGCAGGGUGCCGGGCACGAAGUGAGGCUGUUUCUUGGUUCUUCCCUGUUUCUGUGUUGUGUGUGUGUGUGUGUGUGUGUGUGUGUGUGUGUGUGUGUGCCUGCGGGUGUAGAGAGAUCCCUGGCAUUCUAAGUGCAGGGUCAGAGAGGGUUGGGGGGAAUAUGCAGUGCAAAGAGCCUCCUUUGGGGGGUGCGGGGGGGCGGUUCCCUGUGAUGCCUCCCAAGUUCAGAGCUCGGUGUCCCUGGCGAAGCUCUCCAGUAGGGUUCCUUGCUGUAGGAGGUUUCAUCUGAUUCAGCGGCUGAGUGUGUGAGUGACAUCCCCCCACAGCGUUUGUCCUUACCCAGUUCAAGAGUUAUGAAUUUGUCAGUUUUGUCAUUUCCUGGAAACCGGCGGACCCGCUGUUUCCUUGUUUGGGCUCCUGUUCAAAAUCACAACACGUUUGGAGGGAUGGAAUGAAAAGUCGAAAGAAAGGAGGAGCGAAUUGAUGGGGCCAGGAAAUAGAGAAAUAAAA